AGUUUUUUCAAGCUAAUAACAGACUCCAAAUCUUGUCAAAAAUCAACAAAAAUACUCCAUUUUGAAUACUACUUCCUUUACACCAUAGGAGAUUUAUGAUUGGCUAGAAUAAGCAUCCAUUUAUGAUUUUCAUUGGCUAUAACAAAAUACCAAAAUAAAAGUAGAUCGCGCUGUAAACAAUCUUCCAUAAUCUCCCGAUAGCCUUUCAGAUCAUGUCGGUGAAAAUCGAUCUUGUCAUUAAAUUUGGUGGCAGUGCAAUAACCAACAAAGAUAUACUCGAGACAACGAAAUUAGAAUCCUUGCACUGGGCUGCUAAUUUAAUGAAAGUAAUCCACGAUAAAGGACUUCGGUGUGUCGUAGUGCAUGGGGCAGGGUCAUUUGGUCACCAUCAAGCCAAGGCCUAUCAGGUUUCAUCAGGAUAUUCACAAUAUAAUAAUACAACACAACUUACAGAUUUAAAGAAAGUUAAACUAGGCUUUUGUCUUACAAGACAAUCGGUUCUCAAGUUGAACUCAAUUUUGGAAAAUCAUCUUUUGGAAGAAAAUAUUCCUGUUGUGUCACUGUCUCCUUUUCAGUUGUGGAGAACAAAGAAUAAGGAUGUAGUUAAACAUGGUUGUGAUGUAAUUAAGGAGACAUUAUACAAAUCUCUUUUACCAAUAUUACAUGGAGAUUGUGUGUUUGAUGAAACUUUGGGCUGUACAAUUUUAAGUGGUGAUACAAUUAUUGAAACUAUAUGUACUGAGUUUGAUGUAAAGAAAGUUGUAUUUAUAACUGAUGUACCAGGUAUUUACAACAAACCUCCUUCAUUGACAGAUGCUGUACUUCUACCUAAAAUCUAUGUUGAGAGUAAUGGUGAUAUAUCAAAUAAUAUCAGUACGUCACAAGCUAGUCAUGAUGUGACCGGUGGUAUUAAAUUAAAACUACAAACGGCUAUUAAUAUAGUCAAACAAUCACCAUCAACCAAACUAUUUAUAUCUCAAAUAGGAUCAGAAUCGACUCAAAAUAUCUGUUGUGAAGAAAUAACAGAAAGUAAUUCUUUUAUUGGUACUGAGAUUCAAUUUGUAAAGAGAUGA